UCAGGGCUGGAGUCGGAGCGCGCAGGGCGCAAGGCGCAGCGAGCGGGAGCGCGGCGGCCACUGGCUCCUGGAAGGUACCCGCGCGGCCAGCGCCCGAGGGACCUACGACGCGCGAGCGGCCGCGCCCCGCGCUCUGCCCCCACCCCCGGGGCCCCGUUGUCCGCGCGCCGCUCUGCUCUGCAUGGCACAAACUUUCAUCCCGGGACGCUGCACGCUGUCUCUGGGAACCCGCGCCACGGUCGCCGUCACUGGUCCCCAGAGCUGUCGCAAUGGGCUGCAGUUUGAACAAGGUGGAGAAGCACGAAGAGAAGCGGCCUGGGAACAUUUACUCAACUCUGAGGAGACCUCAAGUCGAGACGAAGGUAGAUGUGACCUACGAAUACCGCUUCCUAGAGUUCACCACGCUGACUGCCGAGGAGCUGCCGCGGUCCUCGGCUGUGAGGUUAGCCUCUCUGCGGGACCUGCCAGCCCAGCUCCUGGAACUGUACCAGCAAGGCUUCUCCCUGGCUGCCCUGCACCCCUUUGUGCAGCCGACGAACAGGCAAGAGAAGAGAUUCCUUGAGCACAUCUUCAGGGCCAUCCUGGUCAAGAAAACCAACAGGUCUCAGAAGACCGAGCUUCACAAUGAAAGCUACAUCUUGGAAUUGGAUUACUGUGCCUCCUUAGACCACCUGGAAAAACAGAAGCUCGUCCCAGAGUUUAUUAAGAAGGUACAGGAAGCUGCAAGUCGGGGCUUGAAGUUCGUUGGUGCGGUGCCUCAGUACCAGCCCUCUGCAAACUCUGCCAGCAGCAGCCGAUCAAUUCCCAUUGCCAACAGUGCUGUGGAUGCCAGGGAUGGGAAACAUACCUUUGGGGACCAUGCAUCCUUGGAAAAUGAUACCCCAAAGGAUAUGGAUGCUGCCACUGCCAGAGUGAACCAAAGACCAGAGCCCAGCCCAAGCAGGGAGGUGCCUAGCGCCCAGCAGCCUGGCAUUCCCACUCCCUCAGAAGAGACAGAGGCUGAUGACUUUCCUCUGCGGGAGUUGAGCCCAGCACUGGAUGUACCAGACGGUGACCACUCAAAUGGACAUGAAGAGCUGCUCUCAAGGAAAAUGGAGAUCUUCGCCUUUUUCAACAGACCGAAGAACCAGCAGAAGUGUCGGCAGUACUAUCCCGUCACCAUCCCCCUCCAGGUCUCCAGGAACGGCCAGACAGUGAACAGUCUGGAUGCCAGCUGGCUGGAGCACAUGAGUGAUCACUUCCGGAAAGGCGGUGUGCUGGUGAACGCCGUCUUCCACCUUGGCAUGGCCAAUGACGCCUUCUAUGGCCUGACAGAUGGAGUAUUCAUCUUUGAAGCUGUUUCCACAGAAGAUAGCAAAACCACACAGGGCUAUGACGCUAUUGUUGUGGAACAAUGGACAGUCCUGGAAGGUGCCGAGGUGCAGACAGACUACAUGCCCCUGCUGAACUCACUGGCGGCCUACGGAUGGCAGCUCACCUGUGUGCUGCCAACUCCCAUACUCAAGACUACAAGGGAGGGGAACGUGUCCACCAAGCAGAUUGUGUUUCUUCAGAGACCAUGUCUACCUCAGAAAACCAAGAAGAGGGAAUCAAAGUUCCAGUGGCGAUUCUCCCGGGAAGAGACCCGCAGCAGGCAGACAAGGAAAACCAAAGGGAAAAACAGCACGAGAGACAAGCAGCAAGCAGAGGAGAAUGAGAAGAAUCUAGAAGACCAGUUCCCCAAGGCUGGAGAUGUGGGGAACUGUGUGCUGGGGACACAGCAAUGGGGCAGAGCCUCUGAAGAACAGCAGGGCUUGAGGGCUGUGCAGAAUGGUCCUGCUGGCCACAACAGGGACUCGGUGGCCGCCAGACACUCAAAUCCCAGCAUGGAAGCCGAGCUUGCUGCAGGGCCCACUCCAGCAGAGGCAAAUUGAGUCCAUGAUUUGUGCUAGGCUUGCAAUGUGAUGGCAAACCUUGGGAAGCUUGCUAGCAGCUGGUUCGUUCUGUGUUACCCUUUGGCUUGACCUAUCGUUAGCUCAGCGGGCCCUGCGAGGGCUGGUCUCUGGCAGUAUUGUUUUCUGAACAGCCACUGGAAAGCUGUCUUAAUGAUCCGCUUACGGUAGAGUGCAAGGUUGGACUGUUCCUCCUAGACCUCAGAGUUGGAGGUCCGGUUCCACCCCUUCCCCCAAGGAAGGGCAUGGACCAUACAGCACCUGGGCUGCCCCACGGGGCUCCAGGGCACAUCUGGGUCAACUUCUGGGGCAUCUUUGCUACAAACCAAGAUUUUUCGCUCACUCUUACAUGCUGCUGCUAUGGGCAAGUACUUCAGUAACUUUAUCCCACAGCUCUUCGGGCUGCCCUUCUCCGCCUGAGCCCUGCAGCUCUGCAUACAGCUCCUUCACCUGAACCCUGGAGGCCCUGCCGUUUUGAAAGGUGGUGAUGUUGGGGGAGGGAAGGCGUUUAGACAGAUACCUCCUGCCUUUCUCAGAGUAGUUCUAUAGAUACUGCUGAUCUGGAAGCAAACAGGCAAUUCUCUGUGCUCCUGCUCUUACAGGGUGUUCAGAAAGUAUUCUGUGUUAAUAUUAAUGCCAAAAAGUGUUGUUUUAAACUUUGUAUUCCACACAUCUUUGAAUACGUUGUGUCAUUUUGGGCGGAUGGUAACUGGGUGCCCUUGUGUGCUAUUUUUGUUGGUGUGUCAAUGACUGAGUUGUAUGCUGUGCCUGUCACUUGUUUUUACUGUCCAUAAAGUGUGGUUAAGGCUUUAAGUAGACGCAUCUGGCGAGCUUGGAGAGAGAACACCAUUGUCUCGAUGGAAACAGCCUGUCUCGUUCUUGUUUAGUUACUUUAAGCAAUAAAUCAUCUGAGCUCAGUGCGUGGCGUGUUUACCUCGUCACUACAGGUCUGGCCCUCGGGCUCUGGCCGCAGUUUCUGCCUGCUGGCAGUGCGGUAGACUGUGGCAGACCGAGCCACCUAGGCACAUUGGGGUUUCGAGCUUUGUUUCAAACAAACGAAGUGGAGAGUGAAUGGGACGCCACCAGGUGAGCAGGAGAUCACAAGCUGGUUGUGAGCAAACUCCCUUACCAUCAGCAGUGAUUCAACAUUGUGGUUUCUAAGGUUUGAAGUAGGCUGUUUAAUGAGGGAAAUCUUUUUUUUUAUUUCCAAGUUUAUUAAAAUAAAACCUGUAAAGCUU